UAACUAAAGCUUCUUGUUUCAGAGACAAUGCGUAGAUUUCGCCCUCAAGGCUCGACCAAUCCGUCGUUACAUUCCGACCCAUCGACUUCAGUUUCACAUCUGGAGAGUAGUUACAUCCCAACCAUUUGAAUAUCUCAUCUUUGCGUUUAUUACUGGCAAUACCAUUCUACUCAUGAUGCAGUAUUUCAAUGAACCCAAACUGUAUACAAGAGUGCUUGAUGGAUUCAAUAUUGGCUUCACAUCUGUAUUUUUACUGGAGUGUAUACUAAAACUAUUUGCCUUUAAACCUAAGAACUAUUUCCUGGACAGAUGGAAUCUCUUUGACUUUGUUGUUGUCAUUGGUAGUGUGGUCGACAUCACGAUGAAUGAAGUAUCGAGUGAACAGAUGUUUGCCUUUGGGUUUUUCCGAUUGUUCCGUGCACUUCGUCUUGUCAAGCUAUUGAAUCAAGGCUCAGGUAUAAAGACUCUUUUAUGGACGUUCCUUAAAUCUUUCCAGGCUCUGCCGUACGUUGGUCUUCUUAUCAUCAUGACCUUCUUUAUCUACGCGGUGGUUGGAAUGCAGAUGUUUGGACGAAUAGCAGUCGAUGACGACACACAAAUUAAUCGCAAUAAUAACUUCCAGACCUUUCCUCAGUCCUUGAUGGUGUUGUUCAGAUCUGCAACUGGUGAGAACUGGCAGUUGAUUAUGUUAGCCUGUUCCAAUUCUCCUGACGUGAAAUGUGACGCAAAGGCUUACCCCAAGGAAGACGAUGGACUCUGCGGGUCUCCGUUCGCCUUUUUCUACUUUGUUUCUUUCGUUAUUAUUUGUUCCUUUUUGAUUAUUAACUUGUUCGUAGCCGUUAUUAUGGAUAAUUUUGACUAUCUUACACGAGAUUGGUCAAUCCUUGGUCCUCAUCAUCUAGAUGAAUUUGUCAGGGUGUGGUCGGAGUACGAUCCAGAAGCGAGUGGUUGUGUAAAACACUUGGAUAUCGUGACAGUACUCAAAAGAAUAGCUCCUCCUCUUGGAUUUGGGAAAUUCUGCCCCCAUAGAGAGGCCUGCAAGCGUCUUGUUAGUAUGAACAUGCCAUUGAACAGGGACGGCACGGUAAAUUUCAACGCGACCUUAUUUGGUUUGGUUCGAACUUCACUGAACAUCAAGAGACCCGAAGGCAAGGGUUCUUUGGAAAAGGCAAAUGAAGAGAUGAGAGCCAUUAUUAUGAAGGUUUGGCCCAAAACAUCGCCAGAAUUCCUGGACACAAUUGUUCA